CUAUUCCGGAUAGAAGGUCCCCACUCCCUGGAAAAUAAGAAACAUAAACCAUGGAGUACUUUUUAUAAAGCAAUCAUAGUGUCAUACACAAUAUUCCAAGAGUUGCGAUGGAGCUUUUCCCUUUAUCUAUCUUCCUACUACUACUUGUGUUCACACGUUUGAGUUAUGCUCAGAUACCUGUCGGAACCACUUUGACUGCGGCCUCAAACUCCGAUCCAUGGCGCUCCUCUCCAGCCGGUGACUUCGCUCUCGGCUUCCAACAGCUUCAAGGCACCGAUAAUCUAUACAUACUCUCCAUCUGGUUCCACAAAAUCCCCGACAAAACCAUCGUCUGGUAUGAAAGAAGCAGCUACCCGGUGCCUCGUGGCUCAACGCUGCGCCUCGACGCCACGGGAGGCCUCGUCCUCAAUGAUCCCCAGGGCCGCCUUCUCUACAAUAGUAACGCCACCGGUCAAGUCGAUCAUGCCACCUUCAACGAUACCGGAAACUUGGCUCUGCAACAGAACGAUUCCUCUAUCUUAUGGGAGAGUUUCAGGCAUCCAACUGAUACAAUAUUGCCAACUCAGACGAUUGAGCUCGGCGACACGCUGGUUUCCCGGAAAAGUGAGGCUAAUUUUUCCGAGGGGAGAUUCUACGCCGCCCUCAACCGUGGUCGAGAUUUCGCCUUCAACACCAGGAGCGUGCCCUCGAAUUCGGGUUACGACGAUGAGUACUAUAGUAGCAUCAAUACUUCUCCGAACGCUUCCGAACCUGGGAUCCGUGUUGUGCUCAGCAGCGAAGCUUUGAUUACAGUUGUGAAGAGGAAUGGGCAGGAACAGGUUAUUAGCCCGAACUCGAUUCCACCGUCUUCUGGUAAUUACUACCGGGCGACUCUCGAUUGGGACGGAGUUUUCACACAGUAUUAUCAUCCCAAGACCGGGAACAGCCCGGGUUGGCAAGUCGCAUGGUCAUGGCCCGAUAACAUCUGCAAUGACAUCAACGGAGAUACAGGAAGCGGGGCGUGUGGCUAUAACAGCAUAUGCAGGAUCGAAGCUCAAAGGCCCGUCUGCACAUGCCCGCCAGGGUUUUCGCUGGCCGAUGCCCUCGAUCGCAACGGCGACUGUAAGCCUAACUUCCAGCAGAUUUGCACCAAUGGUGAAAAUGGGUCACUGCCACAAGACAAUGAGUACUCCUUGGAGAUCAUAAACAACACCGAUUGGCCUAAGAGUGACUACCAAAUAAUCAGUCCGUGCAGCGAAGAGCAGUGCCGAACCUCUUGCCUGAAUGAUUGCUUCUGUGGUGUUUCCAUACACAGAGGUAACAGCUGCUGGAAGAAGAAGCUGCCCCUCUCCAAUGGCAGAGUCGACUUUAGUCUCGGCUCCAAAGCGUUUCUCAAGCUGGGGAAGAAGAAGGAUAUUACUGAUCCUUCACUCAAUCCGAGAUCAAGAAAAGAGAGGCAAACGAUGGUUGUUGUGUUAUCAGUGCUCUUCGGCAGCUCAGCAUUCAUCAAUUUCUUAUUUAUUACAGCAGCUUGCCUCCCUUUUUUCCUCGUCAAAAACAAAAAACCCCUCAACCCUGUCCGAGACCCUUCGUCGUCUUCGAACCUACGCUGCUUCACUUACAAAGAGCUCGAGCUGGCCACAGAUGGGUUCAAAGAAGAGCUAGGAAGGGGCUCUUUUGGAAUUGUGUACAAAGGGGAGAUUAUCGGUUCCCAAACAAUUGUUGCAGUGAAGAAGCUGGACAGGAUGUUUCAAGAUUCUGAGAAAGAGUUCAAGACUGAAGUGAAUGUAAUCGGGCGGACUCACCACAAGAAUCUUGUCAGCAUGGUCGGGUUCUGCGAGGAGGGGUCUCAUCGUUUGCUUGUAUAUGAGUACAUGAGCAAUGGGACACUAGCGGGUUUUCUGUUCGGCCAUCUGCGGCCGAGCUGGAGCCUACGGGUUCAGAUCGCAGUGGGGAUCGCAAAGGGACUGGCAUACUUGCACGAGGAGUGCAGCACCCAGAUCAUCCACUGCGAUAUAAAGCCUCAUAACAUACUUCUUGAUGAAUGCAACAUCGCUAGGAUUUCGGAUUUCGGGUUGGCUAAGCUUUUGACGAUGGAUCAGAGCAAGACGCUGACGGGUAUCCGGGGCACCAAAGGCUACGUUGCUCCUGAAUGGUUCAGGAACACACAAGUAUCGGUGAAGGUUGAUGUUUACAGCUUCGGAGUGGUGCUACUAGAGAUUAUAUCGUGCAGGAGAGUCAUCCGGGACGACCUAGAGUUUGGAGACGGCGAGAAUCCAAUCCUAACGGAUUGGGCUUGGGACUGCUUUGUGGAUGGAAGACUAGAUGCAUUGGUGAAGAACGACGAGGAGGCCUUAAGCGAUGGGGAAGCGUUGGAAAGAUUCGUCAUGGUUGGACUUUGGUGCACUCAAGAAGAUGCAUCUCUUAGGCCAACCAUGAAGAAAGCUUGUCUAAUGCUUGAAGGGGUCGUCCAAGUUCCGGAACCAACGAAUCCAUCCGCUUUCGCCUCAGUUGUUUAACAUCAAUCCAAACCGCACUUUUCAUGAGUAUCAUACUUUCUUUCUUUCACAUGGAAAACCGACAGCAUUGAAACUUCGCAUUUGACCAAUAGCCUAUGUUGUAUUUUUAUGUACUAGAGUGUUUACAGUCAUUUAUAUAAUUAACUGAAUAACGAAUAAAAAACACUUUUUUUUUGCA